CAAACGGCGCCCUUCGACUUUAUUUUGAGUGACCACGUUCCAUCAGUCGAACUUUAAGCUUUAAUAAAUUUCGACUUGCAGGAGUAUAGUUUGGGUCGAAGAUUUCAUUGAAGCUGGUAUAAAUAACAGUCAAUACCGAAAUUAGGCCUGAUUUUAUGGCUCUUAUGAAUGGACAGCAAGUACACGAGUUUAGUGGACUGCAAAGUAGAGCUGCGUAUUCGGACAGCUUAUAACAUCGACUUCAAGGCGUGAUGUCGCUCACCAAAUUGGGAAAGGCACCUGAAUCCCCGGAGGAAGUACUGGCUAGAUGUCAGUAUCUCGUACGCGAGCUCAAUAUUUUUGCCAAUUAUUGUGAGCAGAAAAAAAAUCAUGGAGAUUACCGGCAAAAGCCAGAGUACAAUCACUUUCGUGGGGACAUCGAGCAGGAGAUCAAGAGCAUGGAGAAGAUCACGAGUGAUGCAGAGACACCCCCGGAAAGGAUAAGCCAGCUCGUGAGCGCGAGUAACCUAACUUAUUGGGAAGCAUUGUGGAAUGCGGCGAAGCAAACAAAGCAAGUUAUGGUACUUCGACGCCAUGGUUCACCUAUAGACAUAAUUGCAGAGAAUGGGCGGCAGUGGAUCAAAGUCUCGACCAUCACCGAGAAACGUCUAUUGAUGGAAAUGGCUAAACAAGGCUGGGACUGGCCAGCUUCGGACGAAGACAGCGAUGACGAUCUCUUCGGCUCUAACUACGCCCGGACUGAUGAUCAUAUCGAUAUCUCAUUGGUUAAAAUGGCUGUCGCUCUUCGAGACCUUGCAAAACAGAAUCGAGUUCGAUACAAGCAUCCGGAAGUGCAUUUCAUCUUGACCAGAAUUUCGUCUGGAAAUGAAAAUAUUGAUAUAAUACUGAAUCAUAUCCGCGCUACUGGAGCAGUUGUGCAUACUGCUGAGCAAUUGAAGCUUGCUCCACCUGUUGAAGAUGUCUUGGAUGACUUGGUGAUUGAUGAAUUUAAGUUCUUCUCGGCUACCAUCAACAUCGAUUGCACGCUGCUCUUAGCCCUGGUAUCGGACAUCUCUCAUGGUCAAGUCAAGGAAGAGCCUUGGUUCAAUCGUAACGUGCGAAACCAAAUUCAAAUCGAAGAAAAGGAGCAGCUUAUGCCAAAAUCAUUAUGGCCAGCCAUGAGAGAUCAUUCAUUGGUCUGCACCAAGUUAGCGGCGCAACGCAUGCGCGAAAUCGUUGACACAAUUGGUACUCCGACGGAAAGGGAGAGGGCGCGACUAAUAAUGGGCGAUGAUAUCAAUAAAAGCCCUGAGAAACUGUUAGAAGAGUUCCGUUCACUCUCUGUUCAUGAUGUACCAAAAGUCUGGAAGCUCCCUGUUAAAAUUGUUGACGAGGGCUCCGUAGAUCUUGGCAGUCCAACUACGUUUCAAGAAAAUGUCAUCAGCGAAUUAUCGGACAUCAAUCGAUCAGUAUUUUUAUACGGCUGGUUAAGCGGAUGCACCACCAUAACCUCUAAUCGAGUUGCUGCAAAAGCAAUUGAGAAGGCUGUAGAGGAGUACCGAACCACAGAAGAGGAUGAAGGGCCUGACGUUUGGAUCUGUCCUACAGCACGAUCGCUCGUUGCUAAAGAGAAAGACAGAAAAGAUCCACAGCCUUUGAACGAAGAAAAAUGAAAAACUACAAACUAUCGUGGCACAUUCAACAGAAUACUGGAAUAGAGUUAGCAACAUGCUUGAAGAGGAAGUUGCGCAUGGGAGUCUCUAUGCAGUCUAACUGCGAGCAAUAUUAUUAGAAAACUUCGUCUAAUCUCAAAUAUGCUGUACCAAAUAUAUCCAUACUUGUCGUUUACAGCAUUCAUGAACGGUAUUUCGAUGGAGCCACAACUAUGGUUAAGGUGACCAAGAACAGAC